GGCCGGCGUCCCGCCCGUCCGACCCUGUCUUCCAGUUGUGGCCGGUGCCUCGGCCCCCAGCUCAGACGUAGCCUCCUCGGCUGUCCCGCUCAGGCCUCGGACCGGCCGCUGGCCUCGCCCGGACCGUGUGCGUGCCAGGCCAAGCGGGCGGGUCAGCUGGCCGCCCCGGAACCCCGGGCCCGCGGCUCGCGUUUCUGGCCGGUGCGGGCGCUUGGCGGCCCGAUCACCCGGAAGCGGACUCGGAGCGCCGCGGCCCAGCCGGACUGGAGAUGGCGCCGCCGGCCGGCGGGGCGGUGGUGGCGUCCUCUGAGCCGGGCUCGGCCGCGGCGCUCCUGGCCGUGCACGCCGCCGUGAGGCCGCUGGGCGCCGCGCCCGACGCCGAGGCGCAGCUGCGGAGGCUGCAGCUGAGCGCGGACCCCGCGCGGCCUGGCCGCUUCAGGCUGGAGCUGCAGGGCGCGGGGCCGGGGGCGGUCAGUUGGCAGUGGCCCCUGGACUCCGUCUGCUACACCGUCCGAGGCCCCGGCCAGCAUGAGCUGCAGCCCCCCCCAGGAGGGCCGGGCACCAUGAGCCUGCGUUUCCUCAACCCUCAGGAAGCUCAGCGGUGGGCAGCCCUGGUCCAGGGCGCCGCCAUGGAGGGCCAGAAUGGCAGUGGCAGCCCACCCCCAGCCCAGAGCCCAGGGACGUGCCCUGUUUCCCCACCCAGUCCCCCUGUGGCCCUCGCGCCCAAAGCCCCCCAACCCGAGGCGGAUCCGCCCUGGAGCCCUGGAGACCUGAUGGAGAAAGAAGAGCUGGUAGGACGCCUGGCCAGGGCCAUCGCAGACGGGGAUGAGGAGGGGGCGGCCCAGACGGCCGCCGCCCUGGCCCAGCAUCACGCGGCCCUCAGCGUUCAGCUCCAGGAGUCCUGCUUUCCGCCUGGUCCGCUCAGGCUGCAGGUCACGGUCGAGGAUGCCGCGUCGGCCGCGUCCACGGCGUCUUCGGCCCACGUCUCGCUGCAGGUGCACCCCCACUGCACCAUCGCAGCGCUCCAGGAGCAGGUGUUCUCGGAGUUUGGCUUCCCGCCCGCGGUGCAGCGCUGGGUCAUCGGGCGAUGCCUCUGCGUGCCUGAGCGCAGCCUGGCCUCCUACGGCGUCCGGCAGGACGGGGACCCCGCCUUCCUCUACCUGCUCUCAGCCCCUCGAGAGGCCCCAGGAUGCAGCCCUCAGCGCCCCCUGAAGACAGGUGGGGACACGGGACACUCGUGUCCUCAGCCACUGGCGCCGCCCCGGGCUCCUCAGCCGGCCAGCUCCAGCCUCCCCAGCCCUCUUCAGCCCGGCUGGCCCUGUCCGUCCUGCACCUUCAUCAACGCGCUGAGCCGCCCUGGCUGUGAGAUGUGCAGCACCCAGCGGCCCUGUGUUUGGGACCCCCCGCCCCCAGCCUCCACCUAGACCCACCACAGCUGCCUCCCCAAGUGCCACGCCAGAGCCAGAGUCAGGCGCAGCACCCCAAGCCCUUGGGCCAACGCCUGCCUUCCGGGAGCAGCGGAAGCUGGAAGCAAAGCAGAGGCAGGACUUCACCCGGGACGCAGGCACCCCAAGAGGAGCUCAGCCCACCCACCCACCCGGGGUGUCUUCAAGCCUGUGCUACCACUGAGGUCACACAACCCCCUUGUCACUGACGUGCUGCUGUCUAAACCCAGCCACUAACAGCAGUCUGGCCUGGGCCACCCAGCGGCCAUGGUGGCCAGGACACUGUCCUGUCAGAAAUCCCUUGAUCCCCGGUACAGCUCCGGCCAUUGCGGCCAACUGGGGAGUGAACCAGCGGAUGGAAGACCUGUCUCUCUCUGCGUAACUGUCAAAUAAAUAAAUAAAUCCUAAAAAACAAA